AUGAAGUUUUCUCAUUCUUUACAAUUUAAUGCUGUCCCUGAAUGGUCAUCAAAAUAUAUUGCUUAUUCACAUUUGAAAAAAUUAAUUUAUUCUUUACAAAAAGAAAAAUUAUAUUCAAAAGGUAAUAAUAAUCUAAUAAUUGAUACGGAACAAACUCCAUUAUUAGAAGAUAAUUUGGAUCCUUAUAUUAUUAGAUUUAUUCAACAAUUAAAUAUUGAAUUGAAAAAAAUUGAUAAAUUUUAUAUUUCACAAGAAACUGGUGUAUUAGCAAAUUAUAAUGAAUUAAAUGAUGAUGUUAAUGAAUUUAAAUUAAAUCUGUUAAAUAAUAGAUUACCAAGUUUAAGUGAUGCUGUACCACAACAAUCAAAAGAUAAUAACACUAAUAACCUUAUUAUGAAAAAUAUUAAUAAUAAAAAUAAAAAUAAAAAUAGAAAAUUAAAUAGAAGGAAAAGAAAAUCUACUGGUAGAAAAAAUAGUAUGCCAGAUUUGCCUCAUAUUACAAGAAUUGCUACAACAACUAGUGAAUUACAAGGAAUCGCAACUACCGGGAAUGGACCAUUCACGGAUAUUGAUGCUAAUGUUGCAGAUGAAGAUGAUUAUGACGACGAUGAUGACGAUGACGAUGAAUCGAUGAAUUCUGGAUUGGCUAUGUCGAUUGAAUCUGCUCCAGCUAUUGGAAUAAAUAAUGAUUUAGAUAUGGUUGAUGACGUAGAUAUUAAUAGUAAUAAUAUUAUUGCUACUCAAAAGUCAAGAAAUUCAUUAAAUACUUGGGGAUCAUUGUCUCAAUCAAGGGAUCAUAAUGGUCCAAAUUAUUUAAUUACACCUUUCUUACAACAUAAAGUUACUUUAAAGAAAAGAUUAGUAGCAAUGUUUACGCAAUUAUCUGAAUUAAAAGAAUUUAUUGAAUUAAAUCAAACUGGAUUUUCAAAAAUUUGUAAAAAAUUCGAUAAAUCUUUAAAUACAAAGAUUAAGAAUGAUUAUUUAAAUACAAUCAUUACAAAAUCGCAUGUUUUUAAACCUGAAACUAUUGCAAAUAUUAAAUCUUUAUUAAAAGAUACUAUUAUCACAUAUGCUAAUUUAUCGAAAGAAACUUAUCCAACAAUUCCAACUUGGACAGAAUUAAGUAAUAAUAAUAGUGAUCUUUACUUGAAUGUUGAUGAAAUUGAUAAUGAUCAAGAUACUCAUAUGAGUAGAGAUGAAUUAAUUGAUUAUGAAGCUGCCGAAAAAGAAUUGUCAUCACAUUUAAGAGACCAUGUUGUUUGGGAAAGAAACACAGUUUGGAAAGAUUUAAUGAAUUUGGAACGUAAAUCUCAAAAUGUGAAGACUACCCAUGUAAAUAAUAUUCGCACAAGGAAUAACUCUUUAGUUGGAGCAACGGGACCACAAUCAGCUGUGAUAGAAUUUGAUUCCACUGGUAAUUAUUUGAAUGUUGAGACAAUUGCGGAUUUUUCAAAAUUAUCAAUAAAACAGAUACUAUUCUUAAUUUUAAAUGCUACGGUAUUAUGGAAAUUUCUUUUUAUUACAGGUAUUUUCCUUGUAUUUGUUUGCCUUUAUAGUCCUUUUGAAGAUAUUUUACAAAGAAAUUGUUUCGCAAUCUUAAUAUAUGCAUCAUUACUUUGGGCCACUGAAACUUUACCAUUAUUUGUAACUUCUUUGUUGAUUCCAUUAUUGAUUGUAGUCUUCCCUGUUCUUAAGGAUCCUUCCUCGAUGAAACCAUUGUCUUCAGUACAAGCAUCUCAAUUUAUCCUCUCUACGAUGUGGUCAAGUGUUAUAAUGUUACUAUUAGGUGGGUUUACUUUAGCUGCUGCGUUAUCUAAAUAUAACAUUGCAAAAGUUUUGUCCACUUAUAUUUUAUCUUCAGCAGGUACUAACCCUCAAGUAAUUUUAAUUACAAAUAUGUUUGUUGCUGCAUUUGUCUCUAUGUGGGUAUCUAAUGUUGCAGCACCCGUUCUUUGUUAUUCUAUUAUUCAACCAUUAUUACGUACUUUACCAAGGAAUUGUGAAUAUUCUAAAUCAUUAAUUCUUGGGAUUGCUCUAGCUUCAAACAUCGGUGGUAUGUCAUCACCUAUAUCUUCACCACAAAACAUUUUCUCAUUUGGAUUAAUGUCACCGCCUCCAUCUUGGAUAGAAUGGUUUAUCAUUUCAAUUCCUAUUUGUAUUAUUAGUAUAUUAUUGAUUUGGGUAUUGCUUUUAUUAACUUUUAAGACUGACUCAAAGGAUAUCAAGAUUUUACAAUUCCACCCUCUGAGGGAUCCUUUCACGAUUACUCAAUGGUUCGUCUCAAUUACAAGCAUAGGUACAAUUUUAUUAUGGUGUCUAUCAAAUAAACUCUCGGAUAGAUUUGGUGAUAUGGGUAUUAUUUCUAUUAUUCCAAUAGCACUAUUAUUUGGUACUGGUCUAUUAAGCUCAGACGAUUUCAAUAACUUCAUGUGGACAAUUGUUAUCCUAGCUAUGGGUGGUACAACUUUAGGUAAAGCUGUCUCUAACUGUGGUUUGUUAUCCACAAUUGCUCAUAUUAUUAAAGAAAGCGUAGAGGGACAACCAUUGUUUUUAAUUGUUCUAUUAUUUGGUCUCGGGGUGUUGAUAAUGGCUACUUUCGUUUCGCAUACUGUUGCUGCUAUGAUAUUGGUGCCGCUGAUGGGUGAAAUUGGUGCAAACUUACCUGGUGAUGAUCACUCCAGACUACUAAUUAUGAUUACUACUCUAUUAUGUUCAUGUGCAAUGGGUUUGCCUACAAGUGGGUUACCUAACGUGACGGCAAUUUCUAUGAUUGAUGAAGUCGGGGAUAGAUAUUUAACGGUUGGAAACUUUAUUACCAGAGGUGUGCCGGCAAGUUUAAUAGCAUAUUUCUUAGUCGUUACCGUAGGCUAUGGUGUAUUGAGACUACUAGAUUUUUGA